AUGAAUGUGGAGCCACGUAUCUCCACAAUCAAAAAAUAUGGUUAUUGCUAUAACUGCUUGGCCAUAUCACACAGCUACAAGAACUGUGUGAGUAAAUUCUCGUGUCGUAAGUGUCACAAAAAACACAAUACUCUGAUACACAGAGAAUCCAGCUUUCGACCUGAAUCCACUCCAGAAAUACCAAACGUCACUAGUUCGAACCAUGAAAAUGCUUCAAGUACCGCACUACCCACCCAAAGCACAAAUACAAAUCGGCAAGCCUACACUACAACUAUACAGUCCACUAUAUCAUCAACCCAAGACCCACCCAACCCAAGUAGAAAGCAGAUAUUACUCGGUACUGCAAUGGUUCAAAUAGAACAUAAUGGCCAGCGAUAUUCCGCGAGAGCCCUUAUUGAUUCAGGAUCGGAAGUCACAUUUAUAUCUCGAAGACUUCAGAGAAGCUUGGAUAUACCCACCCACUCUGUAUCAGCCCAAGUGACCGGACUAAACAAUGCAGUUUCAGCAACACCAACGAGUAUUUGUGAAAUCACGCUUUGCUCACCCUUAAACACAAAUUAUAAGCUAUCAGCACAGGUAUUUAUACUAAAUAGCCUAACUGAUAAUUUACCCUCAUACCCCAUAGAUCCAAAGCAGUGUCUUAAAAAUCUUGGAUUCACUUUAGCCGACACCCAAUUUCACAAACCCAGACCCGUUGAUAUACUAAUCGGUAGUGAUAUCUAUCCAAGUAUUUUACUCAAUGGAGUAAAGAGAAACGUACUAGGUUCACUCUUAGCUCAAGAGACUGAAUUCGGAUGGAUAUUGUCCGGACCCAUAACCCAACCCUCCCAAAAUUCCACCAUAGUAUCAUUUCACAAUAAAGUGAAUCCCGAGAGUCUUCUCACACGUUUUUGGGAGGUGGAGGAAAUCCCAAAGGAAUCCGUAGUUUCCAAAUCGGACCAAAUUUGUGAGGAGAUUUUCCAAAAAACUACCCGUCGUAAUCCAGAUGGGCGCUAUAUAGUAACCCUACCCUUCGAAGAACCCGACAAUAUUGACAUCGGGCACUCUAGACAUAUAGCGUUGGCCCAAUUCCUCAGAAAUGAACGAGCUUUACUUAAAAAACCCGAAGUGAAAGCAGAAUACGACAAAGCAAUCAUGGAAUAUUUGGAACUCGGACAAAUGAAGAAAGUAGAAUACGACCCUUCUGGUAAAACGACCCAAUAUUACUUACCACACCACGCGGUCAUUAAACCCGACCGUAUAACCACGAAAUUGCGUGUG